GCCCUGAUUUCUAUAAUGAAGCCAAGCUUCCCAGCUCCUGUGAUUGUUGUACCACCAAAAAAGAUUCAUAAUCUAACUGGUGCCCAAGUGUACCUGUCCUGUGAAGUGAAGGCAGUUCCCACUCCCAUCAUCACAUGGAGAAAGGUCACAGAGUCACCCAAGGGAGUUAAACUCCUGGAAGAAUUGCCUGGAGACAGAGUAAACAUGGCAGUCCAAGUUCGUGGUGGUCCUUCUAAACAUGAGAGCACAGGGUGGGUUUUGAUUAACCCACUGAUGAAGGAAGAUGAGGGCGUUUACCAAUGUCAUGCUACCAACAUGGUUGGAGAAACACAGGCAGAAGGGAAUAUUAAAGUCACUGAGCAAAGUAAAAGUAAGAGGACUAACUUCCUAGAAUCAGAUGACAUGAUAUAGCAGGGGAGAAGUGAUUCAAUCUUCGCUCCAGGGAAACAAAGAUUGUCGAGCACAGGCUAAAAACAAGUCAAUUAGUGGCUUCCUUGGCUAUCUUACAUUAUAGAAUUAGGAAACUGCAUUAAUAUUCUUGUUACGUGGUUAAUGACAUGUUUUUUUGUACAUUUUCCUAUUUAGAUCAAUUAGAUUAAUAUUAAAAAUCUGUAGUUUAUAACUGGAAAAAAUGAGCAAUAAAACUUUUUUUUUUAA